AUGUCUAUGGUCUAUGGCCAACAGCAGCAGCAGCAGCAGCUGCAGUCGCUGCCGCAAUUGGCAGAGAACGCGCGCGUGUGUGCAUCAGCAACUUCGAACAUCUACAUCAAAAUGAGGAAUCGAUAUUUGUCAGUAUUUUGUCUAAUGCUGCCACUGGCAUUCUAUGGCAACAUCUGUGUUUGGGCCUUUCCGGAUGGGGCACCAGCCGAUACGUGUGUAAAACAGCGCGCCAAUCAGCCAAAUCAUGGCCAGGCUCGCUCACAGCCUGCACAUACUAAUCCAUUUGAAGUGGUGGCCACUGCUCAGUCCUAUCAUCCGGGGCAGCAAAUCUCGGUGGUCAUCUAUCCACACGGUCAAACGAAUACGGUCUUUAGGGGUUUCUUUCUGCAGGCUCGCGAUGCCAAUUCGAAUGAAUGGAUUGGUGAGUGGGAGCAAAGUGAGAAUACAAAAACCAUACCAGAAUGCUCGGCCAUAACGCAUUCGGAUAAUCGGGAUAAGCUGGGAGCCAAACUGAUAUGGAAGGCGCCGCAAAAUAAACGCGGCAAUGUCUAUUUUACUGGAACUGUUUUGAAGGAAUAUGGAACAUUCUGGAGCGAUAUUGUCAACAAACUGCAAGCGGAUUCACCGCAGUAAACAAGA